AUCUCUCUCUUUCUCUCCCGGGUACACUUGUGGGGUCUGUCGCCUUCUCACUAUCCACCAACCUCACUAUUGCUAGCCCUCAUCCCUAAUCCCUAUGCGUCUACCAUACCUUCUAUCCCACCCACACGAACACAGACCCCUAUACAAGAAUCAUGUACCACUCAUGACCUAAUCACACAGAUCCUUCUCACUCCAAUUCCCUAGCUUCGAAGAAGAAGCUUCCCGGACAAAAGCGCACACACAUCGAUCUUCUUGAUCGUAGCAGCAUCCUUGUUGUUACGGCCAGGGUGUUGAAAUGGCAACUGCCGCUGAUGCCCCGGAUCUAUCACUCCACAUCAGCCCACCGUCACCAACCGGCAAGGCCUGGAGCGGCCGCGGGGAUGAAAUGGCCAUCUCUGCGGAGUCCACAGAGCUCUGUCUAGGGUUUGACAUGGCGACUGCGCGACAGGCAGGCGAGGUCCGCAAUGGCCACUCCGAUCUUGAGCAGCGGCUGCACCAACCUAGCCAGAUUCCGAGAUUCAAGAAGAGCUCCGCUGACAGCCAGGUGGGCUCCUCCGGCGGUGCGGCGAGAUCUGGGAAUGGUGGCAAGAAGAGCUCUAGGGCUCCAAGGAUGCGGUGGACGACGGCGCUCCAUGCACACUUUGUACAAGCGGUCCAGCUCCUUGGCGGCCAUGAGAGAGCAACACCGAAAUCAGUCUUGGAGUUGAUGAACGUGAAGGAUCUCACACUGGCUCAUGUCAAGAGCCAUCUUCAGAUGUACAGAACAGUCAAGGGCACUGCUUCGGACAGAUCAUGUGCGGCAGGCCAUGGCCAGAUAAGGGACAUGGGCUUUCUGAGGAGAGAUGGUGAAGUGCAUGGCUUUGACAUGUUUAGCAACAUCAUUUCUAAUACAAGAAGGCCGCCAUGGGCGUCGCCGGCGGAGCAGCUGCAGCCGCCGUUCGUGCCGGAGCAAGGCGGAGGCGGCCCGCCGCUACCAAGCGCCUACCUCAUGUCCAUUCACCAAUACUUGAUGAAGCAAGACCAGGGAUGGAGAGGUGCACAGCAGCAAGAUGCUUCACUCAAUUGCCCAGUACAGGACAAAGGACAACGUCUGCAUGUAGGCGCACGCCAUGAUGAGACGCCCAGGAUUGGAUCGUCGACAGCAGGUUUUGCUCGGGGAUGGUCGUCGUCGUCGUCACUAUCGCUGUCGCCGUCGCCGUCGACCCCACUACAAAUGAACGGCAGGAACGCCGGCAGCACCGCAGAGCAAGCAUGCAUGAAGCAGCAGCAGGCGCCAUCAAGAGUACCCAGCCUGGAGAUGAGCUUAGGGAGGCAGGGGUGGCAAAAUGCCAUUGAGCAGCAGCAGCGGCAAGGACAGCCCAGCGUGGAGUCCUCGGCGUCCAAAGAGCUAACCCUACUAAAGUGCUUGUGAAAUUAUCUAGUAAGAAAAUUAAUAACUAUUUUAGGUAGUUCAAAGUGGAACUCAAUGGUCGUCUGAUCGACUACACUGAUUUUAAUUCCGCGAGGCGAGAGAGCAAAAUUAGAAUAAAAAAGCUAGGUAGUCAAUUUGCUAGCUUGGAUUCGCAACAAAAAUAACAAAAAAUGAUAUUCCCUCCAUCUCAUAUUAUAAGAUUG